AUGGUGGCCGCCUUCGCCGUCACUCCCUCCUCGUCCAUAUGCGGCGUCUGCGUCCCGACGGCGUGCCGUCCGGAGGCGCGGGGCAUAGUGCCGGCGCCGAGGUUCUUCCAUAACCGGAACCAAGCGAACACACGGUCUGCAACAGCUUGGUCCUUGAAGGCCGGUCUAUGGGACUCUCUCAAAUCUGGGUUUUUAAAAACUAGCAAUAGUACAGAGACAGUAGAGCCACUAUCCACAGCACUUGAAGAAGAAGAAAUUGUACCUGAGGAAUUAGUGCUCCUAGAAAGGACACUCCCUGACGGUAGCACAGAACAGAUCUUAUUUUCUUCAGCUGGUGAUAUUGAUGUAUAUGAUCUCCAGGCCUUAUGUGACAAGGUAGGAUGGCCACGCAGACCUCUAACAAAAAUAGCAGCAUCCUUAAGAAACAGCUACUUGGUCGCUACACUACAUUCAAUAACUAGGUCUUCGGAAACAGAGGGAGAAGAGAGGAAGCAACUGAUUGGUAUGGCGCGGGCAACUUCAGACCAUGCGUUCAAUGCUACAAUCUGGGACGUCCUUGUUGAUCCUUCCUAUCAGGGUCAAGGUCUUGGUAAAACACUCAUGGAGAAAGUGAUCCGUACUCUGCUCCAGAGGGACAUCAGCAACAUCACACUAUUUGCGGACAGUAAAGUGGUGGACUUCUACAAGAACAUGGGGUUCGAAGCCGACCCCCAGGGCAUCAAGGGCAUGUUCUGCGUAUGUAUGAAUGUAUAUGGGGUCGUCUCGUGUUGGCCAUCAUCAUCCACUGAAGCUGGAGAGGUGGGUCGUGCCGUGGAAGCUUUUCAUCUCGCUGGCCGACAAGCCAAGCCACUCAAUGCAGCUGGUGUCACCGGCGGCCAACCUGUGCCGUCAACGACAAGCCGUUGCCGCUGCUCCUGCUCGCACGCGGUCUAUCUGGGGCCGGAAAGUCUGGCCACAAUUAGAAUCUCGCACAAGUUAGAUGGGCUUUCUUAUGGUUACCCAGAUAUUACCCUCUCAAAACUCAUGUCAUAUGAUAUUGGACGCAAUGAUGCAGUGAUUCCCAGCUUGAUUAAGAAAAGCUGCUAUCAAGUAGCAGAAGGUCCACAUAUUCAAAAGCUGCUUAGCUUAAUGAGGCUAUCGGAAUCACUUUGUACCAACUUGAGUAGCUUUCAAGUCUCGUGGACUUAA